CCGCGCGGACAAUGGGGGUGGGCGUGGCCGCGGGGGAUUCUGGGAUCGGGGCGGCCGCGGCUCCGCCAGCGCCGAGGCCGAAGGCUCCGCCCGCCCGCCCCUCCCCCACCUCCAGCCGGGCCGGGGGUCCCGCAGCGCCCCCCCCCCGAGCCCCCCCCACUCUCCCAGCCCCGAAAUCGCCGCUUUUCACCCCAAACCCCCCCGGACCCCCCCCAUGGCCGAAACCUUCGGGCACUUCACGCACGCGCUGCUGCGGGCGCUGCCCCCCCCGGGAGACCCCCGCCAGGAGGCGGCGGGGGUCGCGGGCCCCGAUUUGGGGGGGGUCUCGCCGAAGGCGCGGCGGCAGUGGGGGGUGCUGGGGGGGGUCCUGCGGCAGCGCCUGGGGCUGCAGCUGCUGGAGCUGCCCCCGGCCCGGGGGGGGCUCCGGGGGGCGCUCCUGGAGGAGCUGCUGGUGCUGCAGGGGGGGACGGCGCUGCUGACCCGGCCGGGACCCCCCCGGCACGAGGAGCUCGGGGGGCUCCGGGAGGUGCUGGAGCAGCUCCAGCUCCGCGUGCUCUCGGUCAGCGACGAGGGGGCGGCGCUGGACGGGGGGGACGUUCUGUUCACCGGCCGGGAAUUCUUCGUGGGAAUUUCCCGCUGGACCAACCUGCGCGGGGCCGAGGCCGUGGCCGACGCCUUCAGGGACUUCACGGUGUCCACGGUGCCGGUGGGGGGCGGGGGGCGGCUGAAGGGCUUCUGCAGCAUGGCCGCCCCCCAGACCCUCGCCCACGGCAGCAGCGACCCCGCCCUGAGAGCCGUCAAGGCCAUGGAGCAGCUCUCGGACCACCCCUGCUGGCGGCUGCCGCUGCCCGACGACGCGGCGGGGAAUUGUCUCUUCGUGCGCCCGGGGGGGCUCCCGGGGGGGCUCCUGCUGCACCGCGGCCCCGACGAGUUCCCGCGCAGCCAGAGGGCCUUCCAGAAGGUUCCGGGGGUGCAGCUGGUGCCGCUGGACCUGAGCGAGGUGGCCAAGGUGGGCGGGGCCCUGAGCUCCUGCUGCGUCCUGCUCUGGGCGCGGCCGGGGGGGCGGGGCCAGCCCUGACCCCACCCCUUUUUUAAACCCCACCCCCCCGUGGCCGCCUCCCCUCCCCCCUUCUGCCUUAAGGAGGCGCCCGGGACCGAAUUUACAAAAAAACGCCGAUUUUAAUGAAUUCAUAA